UUGUUCCUGUAAAGCCCCGUAAGACACCCAGCAAGAGGAAGACACCCACAUACGCCUUUAGAGGAGAAGAUCUCCGCCACUUCCCUCUUUGUCUUUCGAAAACAACUCGGUUAGUUUCUUUUAGUUUUAAUUCUCUGCUGAGCAUCGUUUGAGCAAAUAUCAACCUCAGCUGGAGGCUACAGCGAACGACAGAGGCAGUAAAAUGGAGGAUUCUCAACAAGAGACGAUCAGUUUGGUCAUUAAAACGCCUAACCAGGCUCAGGGGGACCAAACCGUGGAAGGCGUCUCCCUGACGUGGACAGUGAAGGACCUGAAAAUGCACCUGUCAAACAUUUACCCCAACAAACCGACUGUGAGCGACCAGAGGCUGAUCUACGCUGGUAAACUGCUACUGGAUCAUCAGAACAUUAAAGAGAUCUUCAGACAGACGGAGCCCAUUCCCACGCUGCACCUGGUGUGUGCUAUCAGGACUCCACCACAGGGGCCUCUGGGAGCCAGACCCAAGACCAAAGCCACAGUGCAGCCACAAGCCUCCAGUCCAUCGCCAGCGUCGUCCUCACCGGUCCAGACUCCCAGCAUGCCGGAGAUGAGGCAGAGGAGGCCGACGUCUGCUGCUCCAGCUCAGACCCCACCAUCUCCAACAGGACCUCCCACGUGGCCCCCUGCUGCAGUACCUGGAGCUCCACAGAUGACCCAGCCGGCUUUUCCUAACUACUCCCUGUACAGCCCUCAGCAGCUGCUGUGGCUCCAGCACGUCUACGCCAGACAAUACUACAUGCAAUACCAAGCCGCGUUGGCAGCAGCCGGCACCGUCCACUCGACGCCGGCCGGCACCGUCGGCCAGUACCCUCCAGUUCCCGCCCACCAAGUGGCCGUCCCAGCCCCCUUGGCCAACCAGAACCCCAUCAACGAACACCUGCCGGCGAAUCAGAACCACCGCCCGGCGCAGGACGGCGCCUUCAUCAACCCGGGGGAGGCCAACCAGAACAUGCGGGUGAACGCGCAGGGCGGGCCCCUGGUGGAGGACGAGGACGACAUGGAGCGAGACUGGCUGGACUGGCUGUACACGGCGGCGCGCCUCGGCGUUCUGCUCAUGAUCGUGUACUUCAACUCCAACCUGAGCCGCUUACUGCUGGUGAUGAGCACCCUCCUCCUCAUGUACCUACACACUGCUGGCUGGUUUCCCUUCAGGAGGCAAGCGCAGGCCCAAGGUCCAAACCACCUGCAGCCGCCUGAGGCUGUCCAGCGGAACAGACUCCCAAACCAGGACCCGGCUGACGAUGUCGCCGACCGACCGAGGGAGGAAGCUGGGUCCGAAGCUUCCGAGGGCCCGGGGCCGAUGGAGGCCGUGUUGGUGCCUCCUCACAGGGUGUCGGCCAUGUGGACGGCCUGGGUCUUCUUCAAGACGUUCUUCUCCUCCCUCAUCCCGGAGGUUCCUCAGGGCAUGGCCAACUAGCUGCACCCUGGAACAGAGACGGUGAUUUCCCAUGAUGAAACGGAGGCUGAGAGGUGUCGUAUGCAUGUCAGCGAUGCGGGAAAAAACACCAAACACCAGCAAAACGAAGCCGUCCCGCCAAAAAAACGACAACAAUGAACUCCUCAACUCCUCCUGCUGCUCUCCUGAUGCCUCUAAAGGCUUUGGUAGGCGUGUAGCCACACGGAUGGUUUUAAUAUCCGUAAAAAUAUGAACUCUUGAAUGACUCUUCCUCUGAGGUGGUUUGCGUUCACAGAAAUUUGGAUCCUUUGGGAUUUAAAAUCAGUGUUCAUACACUCUCAUUCGCCUUACAUCGUCUGGUCUGUUCUGGAUUCAGAUUCUCUGUAACAGCCGGACACAUCUAGUCAAUCAUUUUUUGCAUGGGAAGCAAAAAAAAGGCCGCCUCCUCUUCACCUUCUCCUUCCUUCUUCCCCUCCUUGUUCUUCUUGUUCUCCUCCUUCUUUUUUGUCUUCUCCUCCUCCUUCUUCUUCUUCUUCUUUUAUUUCCAGCAGAUUUGACACUCCACAGCACCACGUCCUCUUCUCACAACCCCCUGUCUUCUUCUCAUUCUUCUCUUGUCAUCCUCUGACUUUGUCAACACCUUCUUCUUCACCUCCUUCCUCUCUUCAACCCAAACCUCUUCAUCACGCUCCAGAGCAUCAGAGCCAGAUUUUGGCUUUUAACCAGAGAAGAAGAAGGAAGAAAUCAUUAAGACUUUUUGGGAUUUUUUAAAUUUUUUUUUUUGGUGAAGCACCAAAUUAUGAAAAACCAAAAGCACCAAAAAUAUUUAAGUUUGUAGUUUUCACUUGGUGAUUUCAAGACUUACAUUUCAUAAACAUGAAUUGAAAACUGUUUGUUAAAUUGAAAUCACAAAACCACAAUUUUUUUUUUCAUUUUUUACAGAAAAAAUGAUCAAAUUGUGAAGAGUGUGGCCUUUAUUUGCUUCCUCAGUCACCGUAAUAAGAAAAAAAUACACAUUAAUUAAAAAUAGCUCUGUACCUUAUGUGCCAUUUCAUUUCUCAGUUGCGCUGCAGUUGAAUUUAUCAAAUGAUUGUGACCAAAUCAGUCUGUGGCAAAAAUAAUAAGGAAAAAAAAGCUUUGUAAAUAUUAUUGUAUAUACCUAAAGCACUUUACAACAAGUUUAUUAUGCAAGCUUCUUAACACAUAGAGCGGUCGUGAUUUAUUAUAUUAAUAAUAAUUAUUAUUAUCAUUAUUAUUAAUAUUUAUAAUGUGAUUCAUAGGAUGUUUUCAAAGGUCAAAGUUAACAACCUAGUCAAUUAUUUAUAACAUCUGAAAUGAAGGUGAGUUUAAAUGUCAUCUUUCAGUCCUCUUGUUUUUUUACAUUCCAGGUUAUAAAGAAAAAUUAAUCAACGUUCAGUCGUUCUCUCCUGGACCGACCAUUUUAAGCUCAUUCUUUCAGUUCAGGUCAAUCUAAAUGUUUUGAUUUUAUCUUUUAAUUCUAACAGGAAGUAAGUGUUUUUUACCUGUUAAAGUAAUAAGGGGAAAGGGCGCUCUCUUCCUGUGAUCCUGUAAAAAAUUAUGACUCUGAUUCCCUCUGGGAAAAAAAGAGAAUAGUAGUUUUUGGUUCAUUUUUAAUUUUUAAUGUCUCUCUGUACGAUAAAGUGUGUUGAGGAAGGUUUGCCAUAAUGGAUGCAAUAAAUGUUGUUAACGUCAA